ACUGUCACUCUUUUGCAGCACAUAGAGUAGAGAGGAACGUUUCUGCUUUUGCACCACCGCCUUUUUCGCUUUUGUAAAAUAUAGACUUGGAAGCGCAACACCCGCAGCCGCACCACGUGACCAAAUGCGGAAAUCAUCCGACUGAGGAAAGUAGAACCGGAGGCGAGAGGUGAGGGUUUGGUGCCCGCCUGAUUUUCAGAGAGGCUUUUGCUGCUGCUGCUGCUACGUGUUUCGGAGAAGGUUUCCACUUAACCCCACGGUUAAAUGUACGACUUCCGUAUGGUGUGAGUAAAGAGUUGUUUUGAGGUCGGACUGCUGAGAUGACAAGGCUGUGACAGUGUGUGACUAAGUGUGUCUGUAUUGGACUCAUUCCUGUGAGAUGGCUACUGCAAAGAAAAGUUGUGCUAAGGCAGGAGGCGUGCGCUUCUCAGAGGAACCCCACGCUGCAUCUUCACACGUUCAUUUCGAUGAAAAGCUACAUGACUCCGUUGUCAUGGUGACUCCAGAAGAUGAUGGCAACUUUUUGGUCAAGGUCGGCUUCUUGAAGACACAGCACCGGUAUGAAAUAGUGUUCACCCUGCCUGAGAUCCCAGCUCUGGGUAAAAAUGUGUGUCCAGCGCCGCUACCCGGUCCACACCUCCGGAUCACUGAUAUCACACCGGCACAAGAGGGAGGUCUGAAGAUAACGUGCGAGUACAUAACCCAGCACGAGGGAGUUCUGUGUGAGGAGGUGAGGCUGCUGAGCGAGACCAACGACGACGUCUGCGUCAGAGUUAAAGUUCACGCCAGAGUCAUGGAUCGUCACCAUGGUACCCCCAUGCUGCUGGAAGGCAUUCGCUGCAUCGGUCCGGAGCUCGAGUACGACUCUGAGCAGAGUGACUGGCAGGGAUUUGACUAAAUGUCAGCCUUCUGUUCCCAGUUGUUUCACACAUCCACAAACGCCUACAGAAGUUCACACACCUGCCAUCUUCACAGAUAGAAAAAGAAACAGAAACCUCCUGAGCUGCCCGUUAACACACACACACA